AUGGUUUACACCUUGACCGUUCAUCUCUAUGCCAACGAGCACCCAGAAUCCAUACCCCGCAUCAAGGCCAAGCUCAUUGAAGCAUCCCGAGUCUACAAGCAGGACAAGGAAACUGUUGACUGGAUUGUCAUGCAAGAUGUCCACGACCCUAGAGCAUUUACCAUUGUAGAGAGAUUCGAACAAGAAAGUAGUCAAAAGUACCACCUCGAGAACCCAUACUGGAAGACUUUCGACCCAUACGUCGUUCCACUCCUUGGAAAACCAAUGGAUCUCCGAAGACACGAGGAGUUGGAUAUCAGCAAGGAAGUUGAGGUUCCAGCUUAA